AUGGGUGGGCCGCGAGAUGCCAUAACGGACGCAGGCUCGCUCGCCGAGGAGUGCGUGCGUGCGUGUGUGCGUGCAGCCAGGCCGGAUGCAAGGACGGAAGGCAGGGAUCGGAGGGAAGCCGGGGGAAGACGCGAUACGCGAUGGCCUGCGCGAUGUGUCACCACCCCCGGCCGCGUCCUCGGCGCACCACGCAGGGACCCCGCAACCGCCAGAUCGGGCGAGAGCCGGGGGUGCGGCGGGGCGGGGCCUGGUGCACCGCGAAGGGCGGAGUUUACGCCGACACGCGUCCACCACGACUCGCGCCUGCUCGCACUCGGAGUUGCUCGUGGCGUGCCCUCCUGCGACGGGCACCGCGGCAGUCCCGCUUGCAUUGCCUAUUUAGCGCACCCCGCCAGCUCUGGCCCGCGCCCGCGCAUAGCCGUCCAGACCUCGCCUCGCCCCGCCACCGCAACCACACCUUCCAUGUACACCAACCACUCCGCCACAGCCACAGCCGGCCCCGCCGCCCGCCUGCUCGCCCACCGCAUCGCGAUCCCCACCCUCCCGCUCCUCCUCGCCCUCCUCCUCCUCGCCGCCCCGCUCGCCCUCUACGCCCUCGUCUUCUCCGUGCGCACGAUCUGGGACCGCACCAUCCCCCUCGAGAUAUUCGCCUCGGCCCACUCCGCGCGCCUCCCCAGGGCCGCGCGCGGAGAUCGCCGUGGCCGCCCGCCCGCAGACCCCCAAGGCCCGAAGCCCGGACCUGCGGACGGGGGCGUCGCGGAGGGGGUGGAGGACGUGGAGGGAGAGCAGGAGGGAGGGGAGGAGGGCGAGGAGACGCUCGUCGGCCUCCUCAGGCGCAAGGUCCCCUCGCUCUUCGGCCCUGGCGCGGGCUUCACCGGCGUCCCCUGGCUCCCAAAUGGACACGCGCACACCAUCUACACGUCCCUCGCUGACUUUUCGCAGGUCGACGUGAUCGACUACGAGCGCCACUUCAUCAACGUCCCCGACGGAGGCACGCUCGCGCUCGACGUCGUACCCUCUUUCGCCUCCAAGCCCCCGCUCUCUGCCGCCGCCGCCGACGCCGACACUGCUAACACGACCGACGCCGCCGCCGACGCGACCGCAGCGCGCCCGGAGCCGAUAGUGCUCGUCACGCACGGCCUCACGGGCGGCUCGCACGAGUCCUACGUCCGCGCCGCCCUCGCCGACCUCUGCCCGCGCGGCUUCCGCGGCGUCGUCAUGAACUCGCGCGGGUGCAACGGGAGCCCCGUCACCAGUCCGAAGCUGUACCACGCGGGUACGACGGAUGAUAUUCGGCAUACUGUGCUGUGGAUCACGCAUACCUUCCCCGGCUCGGAGAUCUACGCCCUCGGCUUCUCCCUCGGCGCAAACGCGCUCACCAAAUACAUCGGCGAGGAAUCCGCCGCGUGCCCCCUCGCGGGCGCCGCCGCCGCCGCCAACGUCUGGGACUUCGUCGCGGGCAGCCACCACACCGAGCGGGGGCCGCUCGUCAACCGCUUCGGGUACGACCGCAUCCUCGGCGGCGCCCUCCGCGCCCUGCUGCAGACCCACGCGUACGCGUUCGAGCCGCCCGCCGUCGCCGCCGACGCCGCCGCCGACGGAACUACGAACGGGACAGCGAACGGGACAGCGAACGGGACUGCGAACGGAGCCGCGCCCGCGUCGCCGCCGCCGCCGCCGCCGCUCCCCGCGUCCGUCCUCGCAGACAUGUUCGCCCGCCCGCACGUCACGCUGCGCGCGUACGACGACGCGAUCACGAGCCCGCUCUACGGCUUCCGCGGCGCAGACGACUACUACGCGCGCAUCAGCUCCGCGCGGUUCGCGCCGCACGUGCGCAUCCCGCUCCUCGCGCUCAACGCGGCGGACGACCCGAUCGUCGGGCCCGCGGCGCCGCCGCUGCGGGAGGCGCUCGCGAGUCCGUGGUUGGUCGUUGGGCGGACGGCGGGGGGCGGGCAUCUGGGGUGGUUUGAGAGGGCGGACGGUGCGGGUGGGCGCGGGGGCGUGAGGAGGUGGUAUGUGAGGCCCGUGGGGGAGUUUUUGGGCGCGUUGAGGGAGUAUGGCCUCGCGCCGCGUCCGCGCCCGACGGCGCUCGCGCGCGACGCGGAGGGGUUCGUGCGCCAGGCGGGCCGUGCGGACGUUGGCUUUCGGGAGGUUGCGCUUGCGGAUGUGCUGGAGCGGCUGCCGCGCGGGGCUGUGGGCGCGUUUGUCGGUGGUGGCGGCGGCGGCGCGGAGGGGGACGCGGAGGGGGAGAAGCGGAAGACGGUGAAGCAGUCGAGGUUGUUUUCGGGGUGGUGAGCGGCUGCGGGUGGGUGGGUGAAUGAUGAGCGUUGGAGCGUUAGAGUGUUAGAGUGUUAGAGUGUUAGAGUAUCUAGAGUCGGGUGUUCGUUCGCGUUGUACUGCUGCUGUCGUCGUCGCUCUCGACUUGUUUGGUUUUUCGUCUU